AUGUCAUCUCUUUCUUCUCUUAUGCCCCCUCCUCCUUCCCUCCAGGCUCCCUCCGGGUGGCUCGCUCGUCAGCAGGACCCGCUGCGCAUAGCCGUGCCGAACAAGAAAGGCUACAACCAGUUUGUCGAGAUCCUGCCACCCACCGCCGCUCAGGGAAACGACCGCUUCACGGGGUUUUGUCUGGAUCUGUUCCGGGCGGCAGUGGCGCGGCUGCCUUACGAGCUGUCGUACGAGUUCAUGCAGUUUGGGGAGGGAGAUGCCACUCCGAGUUACUCUGAGAUGGUGUAUGCUGUGGCGAACAAUACAUACGACGGUGCCAUUGGAGACAUUGCGGUGCUCAAUUUCCGCAGCGAAGCCGUCGAUUUCACUGCCCCCAUCCAGCAAUCAGGGCUGAGCCUGGUGUCCUAUUACUGGCAUGUCGUCUCUAGUGUCUACAGUGCUGCCCUCACUGUUGCUCUCAUCUCUCUUUCCCUUCUCUCCUUCCCCCCACUCCCCCCCUCCUCCUCUACUGUCAUCAGUGAGGGGCAUAGUCAAGACAGCAUAUACGACGCGGCGGGGUCCGAGGUGAUGGUGGGCUAUCAGUACAACUACUUGCCAAUCGCAUUCUCAUUCUUACCUUUCAUACCCCCCUUCUCUCUCCCCCCUCUCCCGCGCAGAGCAUAUACGACGCGGCGGGAGCAUAUACGACGCGGCGGGGUCCGAGGUGAUGGUGGGCUAUCAGUACAACUACUUGCCAAUCGCAUUCUCAUUCUUACCUUUCAUACCCCCCUUCUCUCUCCCCCCUCUCCCGCGCAGAGCAUAUACGACGCGGCGGGGUCCGAGGUGAUGGUGGGCUAUCAGUACAACUACUUGCCAAUCGCAUUCUCAUUCUUACCUUUCAUACCCCCCUUCUCUCUCCCCCCUCUCCCGCGCAGAGCAUAUACGACGCGGCGGGAGCAUAUACGACGCGGCGGGGUCCGAGGUGAUGGUGGGCUAUCAGUACAACUACUUGCCAAUCGCAUUCUCAUUCUUACCUUUCAUACCCCCCUUCUCUCUCCCCCCUCUCCCGCGCAGAGCAUAUACGACGCGGCGGGGUCCGAGGUGAUGGUGGGCUAUCAGUACAACUACUUGCCAAUCGCAUUCUCAUUCUUACCUUUCAUACCCCCUUCUCUCUCCCCCCUCUCCCGCGCAGAGCAUAUACGACGCGGCGGGGUCCGAGAGCAUAUACGACGCGGCGGGGUCCGAGGUGAUGGUGGGCUAUCAGUACAACUACUUGCCAAUCGCAUUCUCAUUCUUACCUUUCAUACCCCCCUUCUCUCUCCCCCCUCUCCCGCGCAGAGCAUAUACGACGCGGCGGGGUCCGAGGUGAUGGUGGGCUAUCAGUACAACUACUUGCCAAUCGCAUUCUCAUUCUUACCUUUCAUACCCCCCUUCUCUCUCCCCCCUCUCCCGCGCAGAGCAUAUACGACGCGGCGGGAGCAUAUACGACGCGGCGGGGUCCGAGGUGAUGGUGGGCUAUCAGUACAACUACUUGCCAAUCGCAUUCUCAUUCUUACCUUUCAUACCCCCCUUCUCUCUCCCCCCUCUCCCGCGCAGAGCAUAUACGACGCGGCGGGGUCCGAGGUGAUGGUGGGCUAUCAGUACAACUACUUGCCAAUCGCAUUCUCAUUCUUACCUUUCAUACCCCCCUUCUCUCUCCCCCCUCUCCCGCGCAGAGCAUAUACGACGCGGCGGGAGCAUAUACGACGCGGCGGGGUCCGAGGUGAUGGUGGGCUAUCAGUACAACUACUUGCCAAUCGCAUUCUCAUUCUUACCUUUCAUACCCCCCUUCUCUCUCCCCCCUCUCCCGCGCAGAGCAUAUACGACGCGGCGGGGUCCGAGGUGAUGGUGGGCUAUCAGUACAACUACUUGCCAAUCGCAUUCUCAUUCUUACCUUUCAUACCCCCCUUCUCUCUCCCCCCUCUCCCGCGCAGAGCAUAUACGACGCGGCGGGAGCAUAUACGACGCGGCGGGGUCCGAGGUGAUGGUGGGCUAUCAGUACAACUACUUGCCAAUCGCAUUCUCAUUCUUACCUUUCAUACCCCCCUUCUCUCUCCCCCCUCUCCCGCGCAGAGCAUAUACGACGCGGCGGGGUCCGAGGUGAUGGUGGGCUAUCAGUACAACUACUUGCCAAUCGCAUUCUCAUUCUUACCUUUCAUACCCCCCUUCUCUCUCCCCCCUCUCCCGCGCAGAGCAUAUACGACGCGGCGGGAGCAUAUACGACGCGGCGGGGUCCGAGGUGAUGGUGGGCUAUCAGUACAACUACUUGCCAAUCGCAUUCUCAUUCUUACCUUUCAUACCCCCCUUCUCUCUCCCCCCUCUCCCGCGCAGAGCAUAUACGACGCGGCGGGGUCCGAGGUGAUGGUGGGCUAUCAGUACAACUACUUGCCAAUCGCAUUCUCAUUCUUACCUUUCAUACCCCCCUUCUCUCUCCCCCCUCUCCCGCGCAGAGCAUAUACGACGCGGCGGGAGCAUAUACGACGCGGCGGGGUCCGAGGUGAUGGUGGGCUAUCAGUACAACUACUUGCCAAUCGCAUUCUCAUUCUUACCUUUCAUACCCCCCUUCUCUCUCCCCCCUCUCCCGCGCAGAGCAUAUACGACGCGGCGGGGUCCGAGGUGAUGAGCAUAUACGACGCGGCGGGGUCCGAGGUGAUGGUGGGCUAUCAGUACAACUACUUGCCAAUCGCAUUCUCAUUCUUACCUUUCAUACCCCCCUUCUCUCUCCCCCCUCUCCCGCGCAGAGCAUAUACGACGCGGCGGGAGCAUAUACGACGCGGCGGGGUCCGAGGUGAUGGUGGGCUAUCAGUACAACUACUUGCCAAUCGCAUUCUCAUUCUUACCUUUCAUACCCCCCUUCUCUCUCCCCCCUCUCCCGCGCAGAGCAUAUACGACGCGGCGGGGUCCGAGGUGAUGGUGGGCUAUCAGUACGGCUCCUUUGUCUACGGCUAUCUCGUUCAGCUUGGGUUUUCUCCGUCCCGCCUAGUGCCCUUGAACAGCGAGCGGGACUACUAUGACGCGCUCACAUCGCAAAAGGUGGCGCUGAUAGUGGACGAGGACCCCUACCUGAACGUCUUUGCCUCGCAGUACUGCCAAGUGCUCCGCGCGUCCCAGGCCUUCAACGUCCUCAACUCCGCCUUUGCGUUUCAAAAGGGCUCUCUCUUCGGGGCGGACAUUUCUCAAGCGCUGCUGGAGUUGGCACAAAAUGGCGAGCUGCAGCGCAUACGCAGCAUGUACAUUAAGAACACAUCUAACUGUGACAAUGCAGCAUCAGUGAUGGUGGAGAAGGUGCAGAUAUCAGCCACCACCAUGGCUGGGCUGAUGAUCGUCUACGGUGCCUUUUCUCUGCUGUGCUGUGUUGCGUAUAUCGCCAUCAUUAUAUACCGAGGACACCGCGCCCACAGGGAGUUGAAACCUGAUGCUGCUUUCAGGGAGGUCGGGACAGACGUCACUCUUACUCCGCCAACUGAGCCUGGUGGAUUCAUUGAUGGGGGCCCGUGGCGGGACAAUCACGAGGGGGCAGUGAGGUUUGAUCGAAUGUCAUUGGAUGGUGGGGAGGAGGUGACUGGGAGGUCAACUCUAGAGGAGCUAGAAAGGCUGUUGGGGGGAUUGAGUCAGAGGGCAAUUGGUGGUGAGGAGGUGACUUUUGAUUCGGCUGAACGGUUAGCUCCUGAGGAUUCAGAAGGGGCGGUGGGGUUGAGUAGGAGGGCGACAGCUGGUGGUGCAUGGGAAACAGAUGUGGAGAAGGAGGGUGGGUGGAAGGAUGCACGUACUGAUGCUGUUGAUGGUGAUGGUGAUGGUGCUGGUGCUGGUGAUGGUGAUGGUGAUGGUGAUGGUGAUGGUGAUGGUGAUGGUGAUGGUGAUGGUGAUGGUGAUGGUGACGGUGAUGGUAAGUCGCGUGGUGAGGUUCAUUUGAGUGGUGGUGAUGAGAGUACUGAAGCAGAUAAGCAGAAGGGUGAAGGGGGUAUUUCUACGGAUGAAGCAGAGGCGAUUCGAGCAAAAAUGGCAGACUUGAAGGAGAAGUUUCAGCUGGGAGAGGAAUGGACCCGUGUGCGCAACCUAGCAUCCUACGAAGACCUCCCUGCCCUCGCUGUAUCCACACCAUCCUCCUCCAGACUCACACCGCCAUCCCCCCGACUCGCAUUACCAUCCCCUCGCAUGAUGCCACCAUCCCUCCGAGUGACGUCACCAUCCCCUAGGAUGACGUCACCAGCCCCCAGAGUGACGUCACUAUCCCCUGGGAUGAUGUCACCGUCUUCCAGAAUGGCAUCACCAUCCCCAGGUUCGGAUAGGCUGCUCCGUCGAUCUGCCUCGAACAGGAACCUUCAGCGCCUGGAGGCUUCCCGGAACCUGCAGCGCCUCGCAUCUUCCCGGAACCUUCAGCACCCGGAUUUCUCCCGGAAGAACCUCCGGCGGUUCGAAUCUUCUCGGAACCUUCGCCAUACCAGGAGUGCGGCAAGUCUGCAUGACACCCCUAAUAUCCAGGCUAUACUCUCAAAUAGCCCAUCUGACACUGUGAGAUUCCAACAACGUCAGAGCCAGAGCGGAAGGGCUUUGAGAUAUAGCCAAUCGGUGAUGAGCAUGUCAGCAGCUGCGGCUGCAGUGGCAGCAGUUUCAUCUGGUGCCUCUUCCGGUGCUCGUGGCAUUGCCAAUGGCACUGCAGAUUCAACUCCUAUCAGUAUUGCUGCCACUGCCGACGCUGCUGUUGCUGCUGCUGAUGCUGCUGCUGCUGCUGCUGCCGCUGGUGCUACCGGUGUGACCCCCUCACUCUUUCCAGAUGCCUUCUCUCCCCGAUCUCCACACCCCUUCAGCAAGAGCAGGACCUUCAAACGCAGCCCUGCUGCUUUCGACCCUACCAGCACCAGCCCAUCCAGUUUCCAAGCGUUGCAUCACAACCGCCCGCCAGCCCUUGUUACACGCACGGGCACACGCCCGUUCUCUAAGAGCAAAACCUUCAAGUAUAGCAGCAGCAACCCCUCUUUUAGCCUCACUAGCCCCUCCGGUCAAGCCCCCUCCAAACCUCCUCCCAGAAAGCACCUGUCUAGCGGGAACCUGUCUGGUGGAAACCUGCAAGGCACAGACCUGCCCAGUCGAGACCUCCACCAGGUUCCGCCUGGAAGGGGUAUGUCUCGGCAUCUGUCGAUGAAUCCUAGGACCAACACAGGUGGGGGCGAAGUGGUUAUGAGGGAUGCAUGGUCGGCAGGUAUGGUUAUCAAGGGUUCAAGUUCAGGAGAUGCACUUAUGAGCAAUGCAAGGUCGGCCGAUGCGCUUAGAGCAGCACAGCACUCCGUAGACAAAGGCAAAGGCCCAGCUUUGGAGGAGACGCCCCAAACGCCAAUCUCCAGCGUGCCUGUGCGUGUUGCAGCAGCAGAGAGGGUCACGACUGGGGCAGAAGCACUAAGGGCAGCCUCUGUGGCAAAUUCACACAAAGCUGCAGCUUCGGCACAACCACAAGCAUCCUUCUCUGGAAAAGACUCACAAGCAGCAGUUUUCGGGCAGGAUCCACUGUCGGCAAUGUCUAGGGCAGAUUCGCAGGCAUCGUCUGGUGGUGCUUAUAACGAGGCAAGGCUUGGAUCUUAUAACGAGGGAUGGACUGGCGCCUAUAGAGAAACCCCAUCGCCUGGUGCAUCGAGGGUGGGGCAGCUGUCAAGGCAGAUGCUGCGUGGGCAAGGAAUGAGCAGCUUCAAUGACAGCAUGUUUGCUGGUGGCGGUGGCGGUGCUUGUGAGAGUAGGUUUUCCAGUAGCAGUUCUGUGGAGAGUAGGUUUCCUGGUGCCACUGCAGAACCUCCGGCUGCUGACUCCGGCGAGAAAAAAUCUCGGAAGAGGAAGCCCGGCCGUGGUUCUCGAAUCAUCGGAACCGGCUCAGCGGUGCCGGAGAAGAUCGUUUCCAAUGAUUUCCUCGCAACCCUGAUGGAAACGUCUGACGAAUGGAUCGCCACCCGUACCGGCAUUCGGAACCGCCAUGUCCUCUCUGAGAACGAGUCAAUGACCGGCCUGGCUACAGAGGCUUCGCGGAAGGCUCUGGAGAUGGCUGGCGUGGACCCUGCUGACGUGGACCUGAUCAUCUUCUGCACAUCAACCCCCGACGACAUUUUCGGCGGCGGUUGCCUGGUUCAACGGGACCUGGGCUGCAAACGGGCUGUGGCGUUCGACCUCACCGCAGCAUGCAGUGGCUUUGUUCUCGGCCUUGUCACCGCCUCCCGGUUCAUCCAAGGAGGCGGGUAUGAGCGGGUGCUUGUGGUGGGAGCGGAUGGGCUGUCGCGAUACGUGGACUGGUCGGACAGGGGCACGUGCAUUCUGUUUGGCGAUGGCUGUGGGGCCGUGCUGGUGCAGGCUGCAGCUGAGGGGGAGAGCGACGGCAUGCUGGGGUUUGACAUGCACAGCGAUGGCGUUGGCUCCAGGCACCUGCACGCGUGCUUCAGUGUGACACCGGCGCCGGUAGAGAGCGGGUCCAUUGCGGGGAGGGCAGUGGCGACCCCCAUAGUGAUGAACGGGAAGGAGGUCUACAAGUUUGCUGUCACAUCCGUGCCCCAGGUCCUACAAGCAGCGCUUCAGGAGGCAGAGCUCUCGACUGACGACAUUGACUGGCUUCUGCUGCAUCAGGCCAAUCAACGGAUAAUGGACGCUGUCGCAACAAAGAUGGGCAUUCCUCAUGAGAAGGUGAUCUCAAACGUGGCCAAUUAUGGCAACACGAGCGCUGCCUCCAUCCCCAUUGCUCUUGACGAAGCUGUGCGCAGCGGUAAAGUGAAGUCUGGGGACGUUAUCGCAACGGCUGGUUUCGGUGCUGGCCUUACAUGGGCAUCUGCAAUCGUGCGAUAUGGAUAG